AAGCUUCUCCUCCUUCCUGCUCGGUCCUUCUCUGUCUCCCGGUCGUGCAUUUGUUGACUCUUAACAUUAAACCCGGAAGUGUCUUCAUCCUUUUCAACUUGCCUGGCUAACUGAAGACUUGGCUUUUACCCACUCUGACUAUGGAUGAAGAGUGGACACCUUUGGACUGCCUGCUGCCCUCAGGCAAACAGAGGAUUUGUUUGAUUAUUCUGAACCAGCCUCUUGAUAAGGCCCACCUACACAUCCUCUGGAAUAAAGCUCUCUUGAGGGCAUGUGCUGAUGGAGCUGCCAAUCAACUUUACAACAUCACCGCUGGAGAUCGUGACAACUUUCUUCCUGACUACAUCAGUGGGGAUUUCGAUUCCAUUACAGCAGAGGUUAAAGCUUUCUAUGCAGACAAGGGUUGCAAGCUGAUAGAAACAGCUGACCAGGAUCUAACAGACUACACCAAAUGUCUUGCCAUAAUGCUGGAAGAGAUACAGACACGGCAGUUGCAGGUAGACACCAUAGUGACACUAGGUGGUCUAGCAGGGAGAUUUGACCAGACCAUGGCAUCUGUUGAAACCCUCUUCCAUGCUCUGUCCAUGACACAUCUGCCUGUUUUGAUCAUACAGGAAACAAGCUUGGCAUAUUUACUCAAACCUGGCAACCACAGAUUGGGGGUGAACACCGGCCUGGAGGGAGAGUGGUGUAGCCUAAUUCCAGUAGGUGGACCCUGCCAAACACUCACCACAGGACUCAAAUGGAACCUGAAUAACCAGGUUCUGCAGUUUGGGAAGCUGGUGAGCACAUCCAAUACCUAUGAACCAACAGCACCAGGAAAGCCCAGGAAGUCUGUGACUGUGACCACAGACCAGCCUCUGCUUUGGAGCAUGGGCAUUUGUAUGAGUGGAAAGUGAGAGAUUCUUACAAACUGUUCAGGCAGUCUAUAUACAAAAACUAGUGCUAGAAGUGGGAUAAGAUCUAUUUAAGGAAUACAGAUUUAUGACUGGUCAGAAUUUAGACAAUCAGCAUAAGAACAUAAAAUUGUAACCCACUGCAUGUGCCUUUAUUCCCCAACAUCUGCUGUUAGGGGAUAAAUAUUUUAACUCCAGCUAAAGUGCCUAUUUUUUUCUAUAUCUAGACUUUUCAUAUCUGUACUGUUACAAUUAAUGGUGAAAUAAAUAAAGCUGCAUUAACAAUACAGAA